UUGUAUCGGGGCUAUCUUGGUCUUCGUAGCCUUCUUUGAAAUUGGCCCAGGCCCCAUCCCCUGGUUUAUUGUGGCCGAACUCUUCAGCCAAGGACCCCGCCCAGCUGCAAUGGCAGUGGCUGGUUGUUCCAACUGGACCUCCAAUUUUCUGGUUGGGCUGCUCUUUCCUUCUGCUGCAUUCUACUUAGGAGCCUAUGUAUUUAUCAUUUUCAAUGGCUUCCUCAUCGUCUUCUUGGUCUUCACCUUCUUCAAAGUCCCUGAGGCCCGUGGCAGGACUUUUGAGGAAGUCACCCGAGCCUUCGAAGGGCAGGCGCAGGAUGCCAACAGAGCGGAGAAGGGCCCCAUUGUGGAGAUGAACAGCAUGCAGCCAGUGAAGGAGACCGCCACUGUCUAAGCCAUGCCUCCUUCCCGCCUCCCUCCCAACAUGGAAAAACCACCUCUCCCGGAUG